UGUGAUGGGCCUUCCAUAACCAUUAGCAGCACAGCGGACGCCACAGCCAUCUCAAAUUGUGGAAACUAUAAUGGCGACAUCAUCAUCGCAGACAGUACUUCUGGGGCUCUAGCGCUCGCCGGAAUUUCACAUUUGAAGGGUGACCUCACAUGCAAUAACGCGACAAAGCUGGACGAAAUUUCCUUCGCUGGGCUUGUUACCAUCAGUGGUAGCUUCAUUCUCAAAGGAUUGCCUGUCCUCUCUGGGUUGAAAUUCGACUCGCUUAUGGAGGUCGCUGGCGACAUCCUUUGGGCUGACUUACCUGCUCUGCAAGGCCUGGACUUCGCAACUGGUAUCGUGACUGCAGACCGGGUCUCGAUUUCCAACACAGCUCUAAGAGAGCUCUCUGGCUUAGAAUUGACCACGUGCAAUGCUCUCGAGGUUUCCAACAACCCAGAUCUGGCAGCAGUCAACUUCAAUGAUCUCACAAACACAACCAACUCGAUCUCGAUCUCCGCCAACAGCCCCAGUCUCGAAGUUAACUUGCAACGCCUCACUAUUUCGCGUGGUAUCACUUUGCAGAAUGCCAACACGUUGGAUGUACCAUUGCUAGAAACCCUUACCGGGACCUUGAACCUCUCAGAAAACAGUUUUGGAAGCUUUUCGGCGCCAAGCCUUACCCUGGCGGUGGAUAUGUUCAUCACAGGCAACCCUCUGCUUAGCAGUCUCAUGUUCCAGCUCCUACCAGGAAUCAGUGGUGACCUGAUCAUCACCAACAACAGUCGCUUGGGGGCGAUCGCUUUCCCCGAUCUGCAGCGAGUUGCUGGGAACGUCAACGUGACUGGGCAGUUCUCAAGAGCCGAUUUCCCUGUCAUUUCCAGUAUCCAAGGCGACGCGAUUAUAGAAACCAGUAUUGACAAUAGCACUAUAUGCGAACAAUUCAACCGCACGGGUGACGGGAGUUGCACCACAGGCACAGAACCGCCAGAGAGUGUCUCCAUUGAUACCUCAACUAAUAGCACAAGCUCCGGUGGCAGUAACACA